UACGACUUUACUCAAUUCCAACAAGAACGACCAAUCAGAACCGUGUUUUUUUUAUGACGCCCGCCUUUCAACUCUUUCGCGGGAGCGAUCCAGGAAGUACUUCAAUAUCCUUAAGCGACAGAUGAGGAAAAUGAAGCUGUGUAGAGCAGAAUACAAAGUAAUUGCAAAGUAUACUGAACAGCUUCGACCUACAAGGCAGUGUAUGAAGAUGCUGAAGGAAAGAUUCCCCAAUCACUCGCAGUCCACUCUUCUGAGCAUCUUCUCCCAGGAGUACCAGAAAAGAAUGAAAAGAACUCUUGUGAAACAUCAUGCAGAUGUCAUCGAGGACUACUACCAGAGGUACCGUAGUGAAGCCAGCAAACAUCCUUCAGACCCUGUCCUGCUGGAGUUAGCCAAUGAGGUGGACCUGUCCCCGUCUCUGCUGGCUCGUCUGCUGCUAGAGCGCUUUCUGGAGGAGCACAGCGGCUCAGCAUCAUCCAAGCAAGUCCUGAACAGCAUGCUGCGGGAGCCAUCUUUAAUUCCAGAUGUGCAGCUCGCCAUACAUGUGGAACAGUGCACUAUAAAUGACUGCUGUUAUGGACCGCUGGUCGACUGCAUCAAACACUCUAUUGGUCAGGAGCAUGAGGAGAUCCUCCGAGAGAAACUCAGAGAGAAGAACCUGUCUUUUUUAGAUGAGAAUCAGCUACGGGCCAAAGGUUAUGACAAGACCCCUGACAUUAUCCUAGAAGUCCCCAUUGCUGUUGAAGGCCAUAUUGUGCACUGGAUUGAAAGCAAGGCCUCAUUUGGGGAUGAGCAGAGUCAUCGCACUUAUCUAAACGAGCAGUUUUGGAGUUACUGGAACAGGUUUGGCCCGGGUCUGGUCAUCUACUGGUAUGGGUUUAUAACAGAACUAGACUGCCAGCGGGACCGAGGGAUCCUUCUCAAAGACUGUUUCCCCUCAGACAUCGUGACUCUGUGCCACAGUCCAGAUCAGUGCUGACGUUAUAGCUAAGGGUGAUACUGAGGCUGAGGGAGUGGGGGGUCACAGGGCAUUUACUGGUGGAGACGUGAAUCCGGAAGCAAUUUAGCUUUCCUGCUGUGCACAACUACUGGCAAACAUCUGCCCUGAACUCCAGCUGAACUUCCAGGGAUCAUGGACGGAAUCGUACCUCUGUGAAAAAAAAUCACGCCAGGGAGCCUGGAGUCCUGGACCGGACCUGGACCUCCUGGUUCUUCAGGAAGGAGUAGACCUCUUAUCACAACCCUUCUCUACGUCAUUCUGCUUCUACGCAAACUCGUGGCCAGUAAAGAGGUCACCCCUGUUAUCAGCUUUUGUUCUUUACUUUCUCUCUCUGUCUCUGAUAAGGGUGUGGUCACUUCAGGAACUCUGUUUGCUGACCUUUUCUUCCAAUUUUCUUUGGUUUUCAUAGGCUAGAAUAAUGGUGUUAUUCAAGCUUUCUGUUAUUAUUUCUAUAUUUGUAUGUCACAUUUGCCUUAAAAACUAACAAACAAUAAAGUCAAACAAUCUGGAA